UAUGGCCUUGUGGCUGUAAUCCCUUAUACAGCUGAUUCCGCAUAUCUCUACCAAGGCACAAAAGCUGCUGUCAUCUCUUGUGGACUCUUGGAAUUGAAGCAGAAAAGUGUUUGGGUCAUUUUUUCUGUUCAGAAACAUCUGGUCCUUUCAGGCUGGUUCUUCUCAGCAAACAAUAGCAGGAGUCCGAAGACCAGGCAAUGGCAGAAACAGAGGAUUUGUUGGGUCCAGAGCUACCUCCAGUUGAUGACGAUGAUCUCUUUAAAGAACCAAUGAAGAAAAGACGACGAUCAGAUCGAGAGCAGUGUUUCCGAGCCUUUCCCUCGGUGGAACAAAGUGCUCUCAAGGAAUAUGAAAAAUUGGAGUCACGGACCAGAAGAGUUUUGAGCAACACUUAUCAGAAACUAAUUCAGUCUGUCUUCCUGGAUGACAGCAUUCCUAACGGGAUCAAGUAUCUCAUAAACAGACUUCUUGCCAUGAUUGAAAAGCCAUCAUUGGAGCCAAUCUACAUUGGAUUAUUUGGAAGCACUGGGGCAGGAAAGAGCUCCCUGAUCAACGCCAUCAUCCAGCAAGCAAUGUUUCUCCCAGUGUCUGGAGACAGCAUAUGUACUUCCUGUGUUGUGCAAGUGAGCUCGGGCUGCUGUGAGCAGUACGAGGCUAAAAUCCACCUUCUCUCUGACCAGGAGUGGAAGGAGGAGCUGAAGAACUUGACUAAACUUCUGCACAAGACAGAGGAGCCUGGCGGAGAGGAUGUGGAUGAGGAUGUCUGGGACAAGGAUGAGGCCAUGGAAGAGGCCAUCUGGAAGUUGCAAGUGGUCUAUGGAACCGGGGCGGAAAGGAAGAACUAUGAGGACUUACUAAGAGUAAAGCCCAAGGGGAAGAUUCCCACCUCAAGAAUCAUCACCCUCAAGGCGGAAGAGGCAGGAGAGCUGUCUGUCAAGCUGGACCCCUACAUCCGCACUCAGAGGAGGGAUGGGGAUGGAGAGUCAGGCGAGACAGGAAUCUGGCCCUUGAUCAAACACGUAGAAGUGACUCUUCCCAGAUCUGCGCUGAUUCCAGAAGGGAUCGUGCUGGUGGACAUUCCGGGCACCGGAGACUUCAACAGCAAGAGGGAUGAGAUGUGGAAAAAGACCAUUGAUAAGUGCUCAGUGAUCUGGGUGAUCAGUGACGUAGAGAGAGUUUCUGGGGGAAGAGCCCAUGAAGACCUUCUGAAUGAAAGCAUCAAAGCCUGCCAGCGUGGCUUCUGCAGGGACAUUGCCCUGGUGGUCACCAAGACAGACAAACUCAACCUGCCGGAGUAUCUCAGGGAAAGAAAAGUGGGAACUCAAGUUAUUCAAAAUCAGCAAGAGGCGGUUUUGGAAAGAAACAAAACAAUAAAACUACAAAGGAGUAGAAUUCUCAAGGAAAAGCUUAAAAGAAAACUGCCAGCUGACUGCAAGGUUCUGGAAGCCUCGGACCUGGUGUACACGGUCAGCGCCCAUGAGUACUGGCAGCAGGCUCUCCUCACCGAGGAGGAAACCGAAAUCCCAAAGUUAAGGGAGUACAUCAGGAAAAGGUUCUUGGAUAAGAAGAGGAGGAUGGUGACCAAGUAUGUUACAGAAGCCUUUGGCCUGCUGCUCCUCACAGACAGCUUCAACUCCAUGGAAAACCUGCCGAAUGAACACUUGCACUUGAGCAGCCUGCGGAGAUUUGUGGAGGAGAAGACAGUGCUGCUGGAGAGGGCCAUCGAGCAAUGCUUUACAUUCGUCGAGCGGCCUCUGCAGGAAGGGGUUCUGGCGGCCAGGGCUUCCUACCGACGCCUCCUUGGGGCACACCUGGUGAGGAGCAGAGGAAACCAAGGUUUUCACCAGACUCUGAAAGCUGUUUGCUUGAAAAAUGGCAUCUACGCCUCCAGGACCCUGGCCAGAAUCGACCUGAAUGAAGCCAUCACCCAGCCCAUCUAUGACCAGAUCGACCCUGUUUUUGGAGCCAUUUUUAGGGCUGGGAAUGCCCCGGGCUUGGCCUUGAUGCCUCACAUAGAAGCUUUCAAGCACUCCCUGCAGGAGAAAAUGACAGAAAUCGGGAUGAGAAACGGCUGGAAAUAUGAUGGCUACACAAAAUCCUUCCUAAUCCAGGAGAUAAGUGCCAUCCUAGGAGGCUUGGAAGGCUACAUCCUCCGAAAGAAGAGGAAGAUCUAUGAGUCUGUCACUAGCUCUGUCCAGAACGACCUGAAGCCCUGCUAUGAAGAGGCAGCUCAGAUCGCUGGCAAGAAGGCGUGCGAGAGGACGAAGGAUGUCAUCAGAAGAGGGGUGGAGCGGCAGGUGGCCGAGGGCAUGUUUGAAAGGGCACAGGAAAGGAUGCAGCACCAGUUUCAGCUUCUAAAGAAUGGAAUCACGGAGAAGGUGAAAGGCAGCAUUGCCACCAUGCUGGCCCUGGCGUCGUCCCAGGGAGAUGGUCUCUAUAAAGAGCUUGCAGACGUGAGGAGUGAGUACAAGGAGAUGGAGAAGCUCCACCGAAGUCUGAGGGAGGUUGCUGAGAACGCAGUGCUGCGGAGGGGCAUGCAAGACUUCCUCCUGAGGAUGUCCCCCAGCAAAGCGGCCCCCCAAAACCGAGCAUCAACGCUUGAGACUUAGCCUGAAGGGGAGAAAAAACAAGACUGCAGCCGAAUAAUCAGAAUUUUACUUGUUUUUUGAAAUCUAAUAAAGGACAUCUCCCAGCU